AUGGUAAAGCAGAGCGAAUUCUUGUCGGAGAUACGUGCCAGAAGGCAGAGGCACACACCGGCACGGCCUCGCAUUGUCCCGGCGUUCACUAUCCAAGCCCUCCAGGACAACACAGUGGUGGCCCGGCCUCCGCGUUGCGACCCUCACGCGGAGCGCCCACCGAGGGGGAUAACCACGUUCCGUCGUUUCUACGACAGGAGCGCCCUACCAGUGACCCUCGAAAGCGACGGCCAGAAGGUCAGCUGGAAAUUCGAGGAGUUCAAGGAAUUAAAGGAACUCGACUACAACCUCUACUUGCCGCUAAUGCUCGACGGUCUGGUCGAGUGCAAGCCACCGUUUCCCCAGCUGGUCGAUCACGCUCUCGCGGACAUGCUCGAGCACGGCACCAACAAGGUGCUGCCCGUCUUGCCCCUUCUCGUUCGUCCGAUCAAGCGGGCGGUUGACACAAAAAUCUCAAGGAUCGUUUGCAGAACCCUGCGGGUGUUACAGAGACUCGUGCAAAGCGACCACUGCGUUGGUCAGGCUCUCGUGCCGUACUUCCGGCAAAUAUUGCCGGUCCUCAACAUACUCAAGGAUCGAACUGUGCACUACGGCGAGGAGAUCGAUUACUCGCAUCAGCGGGGCGAAAACGUGCCCGACUUAAUACAGGAGACGCUGCAGGUACUUGAGCUGCACGGCGGUGAGGAGGCCCUCGCCAACAUUAAAUACGUCAUCCCGACUUACGAGUCGUGCGUGAAAUACAUGUAG